AACUGGCUGAAUUUUAGUUUCCAUUGCUCUGAGAAGCAUCGCCUUGCAUGUAACAGUCUCUGUGUAUUAAACGGGGGGUUACUGAAGGAGUGAAGUGGGGUGGUUCUGCUUGUGUUGGAGGAUUUAAAGCACCUGGAAAGGCGUCAGUGUGAGCAUGUGCGGCGUUUUCCUUCCGUGUGUGAGCGUCCACGGGAGAGAACCAGCUUCCAUAUGGGGGGAGAGAGCUCCGGGGGCUCUGGAAUUAAGUCUGCUGCAUGCAUGAAUUCGUCUGCACAGCUGGGGAUUUGACUUGUAAAUUUACACAAAAAUUUGAGAAGAAACUGCAGUCGCUUUCUGCAAACGGGACGGGGAUGCACCCAGAGCCAAGUUACACAUGAGCCCGGGCUGCGACCCUCUCCUCCUGGGCUGGAGAGGAGCCAGCAGGUCGCCUCGGGUCCGCCUGUUUUUGGACUGAUGAAAGGAGGUCAUUUAUGGGAGCAGCCUUCGCGUAUGAUUCCUGGAGUACGUAAACAACAUGUGGACAUAAUGUGGAUCAAACAGUGGCCAUCACUAUCAUUGAAAGGUCCCUAACGCAGGAUGGGAACAUGAUGGGACACGAGCUUUGGAUUUAGGUUAAAGACUGCUAAAUGUCCCGCCUCCCUCCAGGUGAGACAGAGGCUCACAAACACUCUGUCCUCCUCCUGUGUUUACACAGACAUGGAUAAACUCACCGUGAUUUCAGGGUGCCUCUUCCUUGCUGCGGACAUCUUCGCCAUAGCCAGCAUCGCCAACCCGGACUGGAUCAGCACCGGAGACUCAGCUGGCUCUUUGACUGUGGGUUUGGUCCGGCAGUGCCAGACCAUCCAUGGUAGAGACCGGAGCUGCAUCCCCCCACAGCUGCCUCCGGAGUGGAUCACCACCCUCUUCUUCAUCAUCCUGGGCAUCAUCUCCCUCACUGUCACCUGUGGUCUGCUGGUGAUGUCACGCUGGCGUCGUGAGGCCGCCCGGUACGCCCGGUGGAUAGCAUUCACAGGGAUGGUUCUGUUUUGUAUGGCUGCACUGAUUUUCCCCAUUGGCUUCUACAUCAACGAGGUCGGAGGACAGCCAUAUAAACUCCCCAACAACACCGUCGUGGGCUCCUCAUACGUACUCUUCGUUCUUUCCAUCUUCUUCACAAUAGUAGGACUACUUUUUGCUGGAAAGGUGUGCUUACCUGGCUGACGCAACUUCACUCUCUUUUUGUAUCAACAUCAUCGGAAGCUGACUUUUUAAAAAUGGAUGCUUCGGUGGCAGGAAAACCUUCAAGAAACUGAUGAGCAUCCGUGUUGUGCCUCCUCUUUUGGAUCAGUUUUCUCAGUUGUUGUAGCUGAAGUGUUUUUUCAUUUUUGUCUGAUGAUCAGAGAUGAAACUGCUGCAAAGAGCACUGACAUGGUUUUCAGCUUUGUCCGUCCUGAACUACAAGUAUGAAGUGAACGGACAGGAGAAUAUUGAAAAUCAUGAUAGAAAUGGAUUUAAAUGCCGGGACUUUAGUGAGAGGCCUGCGGUGUUAUCCAUCAUCUGAAAGUUUAAUGACAGAUAACAGAUACACCUGUCUUCUCUCAUCUCGGCUGAGAUGCCCAAACUGAGAUAAGACUGAUUUCAGGCUGGCACCAAAUAUCGGUUUCUUCCCUGAAGACAAACUGUAAUAUAACCCAUGAAGUUUCACUUUCUUGGCACAUUUUAUUUAUUUCUUUAAAUGGUUGGUUUUGUUUUUUGUAAAGGUAUUUUUUUAUUAAAGGGCCUAAUGCAUCCCAGAGAUUCCCUGCCAUUAAAAUCUGUGGUGGAUCACUUUGCCUUAAAGAGCUGAGAACCUUAAAUAACAUUAUAUCCUUGAGUUUCAUUCAAUCACAUUCUAGAUAAAUCCAAUGAUUUAGAAUAAAAUGUUAUACUGAAUGUAAUAGGGACUUAGCAAAAGUGUUGGCUGGCAGUAAUAUUAGAUUAGGGUCAGAGCUGCUCAGAGGGGUGUACUAAGACAUGAGAUCAGUGAGUAUGGGUGAUGGGUGAACCACACAUGAGCCUUGAGGUUUACUUUUAUGCUUCUAUAAAGGUGAUUACAAAUUAUGAUCACAACCAUAGUAACUUAAAAUAACGAUAGCUUUAUUUAUGUAAAACCCCUUUUGUGCUGUUGGUUUAGCUCACUUGGGAGAGUAGGCGACCCACAACAGAGGCAAUAGUCCUUGUUGCUCUAGUCACAGGUUUGACCUCUGAUCCUGAUGCUAUUUCAGCUCUUGCCAUCACCCACUCUCCCUGCCUUUCCUGUCUUUCAACAGCUUUACUAAACUUUAGCACUGAUCAUCAGGGGCCAGAUCGGGCCCCUCACAGCUUCUCAUCCAGCCUCCAGAAGAUUAUUAAAUUCAGAAAAUGUGAUAUGGUAUUUAGAGUGUCUUUUCAUUUUCAAAAGUUUCUAAAGAAAACCCCAAAAUUAACUGAGAUUAAAACAUUGUUUCUGGAUUUGCUUGAUACUUGAAUGGUUUCACAAAAAUCCACCUGUCAGCCAUUAUUAGUAAAUAAGAUGCAUGAUAUAUACACACUCAUCAGUCCAUUCUUGACGAGAACGGCUGGUUAUGACGUCAACCUACCAAUGUCCCUGCCUUGAUCAAAAACAAAAGACCUGAAUGUGUUUUUCGCCAACCAGGAUUGGAUAUAUUUAACUCAAAACCACUGAUGCACAACUUGACAGCCCUAGAUAUAUGUGGCUAAAAUAUCUCAAUCGCCCCCUUGUGGCUGGCUGCAGUAUAGGCAGUAGGGACUGAAUUUACUGCUAAUGCCUAAGAAUAAGGUAAAUUUCAAAGGAAGUAAAAACAUCUCAAUAGAUCUUAUUUGCUUAAUCAACAGUAUAGCCUCCACAAUGUCUGCCAAGAAAAAAAUGCAAAUGUAAUUGAUGAUUCCUGCCCUAAAGGCUAAAGCUGUCCAAAAAACAGUUGCAUACAAAAAACGAAUAUUGUGGAAAACAUGCGUAAAAAUUCCAUACAUUCAUUACACAUAAUUUGAAAUAUUUUAAGAUCUUUUUUUACUUAAAUCUUGAUAACAGCUUAUGUAAAUCCAGUACCUCAGAAUGUAUAAAUUUACUAAGAGCAAUAAUAAAAAAGGUCUAUAAUAAUGAAAAAUGAUAAUUGUCUGAAAACAAUGUUCGUUUAUGCACUCAGUACUUGGUCAAGGCCUUAUUUUGCACAAAUUACUGCAUCAGUGCAGCGAGGCAUGGAGAAGGUUAUCUUAGCAACCUGCUACAUCCAUUUGCUAGCAAUUUUGGUCCGACUGGUCAAUUUAAUUGUGGGAUGUUUUACAGGACACAUUGUUUAAACACUCUUGUUGUUGCAACAGCUCAACAAGUAUGUUAACCAUCUCUGACAUUAUGAUUACAGUUAACUAUUAUUGCCAUGGCUGUGUUUGCUGUGCUUCCAUCUUCAAUCAGCUUGUUUUGAUUGAAGAGGGGUCUGGCUGCAGAUUGUAGCUCUCAGACUACCAUUGUGAGAUGCAGCAUCUGGCAGGAAGGAAAGAAUUGCUAAAACAUAGGUAAAGGUUUGGAUACCUGACCUGCUAAACCUAAUUACAAAAAUGUUCAGUACAGCCGAGUAGACAGUCUGAUUACAGGAAAAAAGCUUGUCUUCUAUUAAAACAUUUGAAUGCAGCAAACAUAGCCUAUAUAGUGCUGUCAGGUUUGUGAGCUACGUAGCUAACAUAGUUAAAGCUGAAUCACAAAGCUCAAAUAAACAUCCAAAUAAACUAAGCUACGAAGCUAAUGUUUGCUACGUAAGCCACAUAGCUUCGUUAUCUACAUAAUUGUAUAGCUAGGUUUGCUAAAGCUAACAGAGCUGAAGCAAGUUACGGUUCAAGGAUCAUUUUGUAAAAUGGGUCUAAACAUGAUUUUCAGUUUCGACCCUGACCUGUUUUUGAAUUCAUGAAAUGUUGCUUAGGCUGUAAUGUUUGUAAUAUAGUUAUUACAUUAAUGCAGACAUUUAUGAGUAAAGCUCAAUUCUAAAAAAGAAAACACUGUACCAGCAAAUCACGGCAGUUCUAUCCUGACAGAGACAGGGUCUCACAGUAGUGGUCUGUAAGAGGGGGCGUCUGAGAUUUACAGUCUGCAGCCAGACUGUGUUGAAUAUUUAUGAUUUCAAAUUGGGGUAACCAUACUGUCUUCCAAGCAGAUCAUGGAGGGUGAAAUCCCUCUUUAACACAGCUCAUGCAACAGCAAAAUCUGGCAAGAUGAUUUUUAGAGCCAUCUGAAAAUCAAGCCUUAGCUGACUUUGUUUGGAAGGGGGGAAUCAGGCCCAAAAUUGACUUAUUAUCUUGUAGUUUUGCAGAAAGCCUGCACCAUCAGAGCCAUUAGAUGACUCAAACGUCAGUUUAACAUUUAAAUAAGAAAUGAACUUGAGGCACUGAGUUUGCAUUGAGUAGCAGAAUCAUUGCAUCUAGAUAUAAACCCUAUGAUUUUUCAUAGCACCCAUGUCUUUACUUUUUGUUGCAUUAACAUUUGCCUCAGUAUUUCUAUUAUACCCUUCAUACCCUUCAAAGAGAUAAAUCUAAUGAUUAGACUGAAGUUGGAGGAGGGUAACACUUGAUAAGCAACACGUGGAAAAAAUUGUUUCACCCCCUGAUUGACCCAGACAACACAGACAAGAUUUAAAUACACUAUAUGGACAAAGGCAUUUGGUCUCCUGGCACAUCCAUUUCCUGAGAGGGGCAGAGUCAGACAGCUCAGUAACA